UUUCCAACGACAAAAUUUCUCGUUUCACUCUUGCUUGCAGCUUCAACUCUCGACAGUCGACAGACUCACAGCAAUUCGCAAAGCAGGGGAUAAACAAUGGGGACAUCGAAGAAUGUUCGUACAAUCUCACAGGAAGCCUUCGAUGAGUUUGUGAGAGAGAAUGUGGACGAUCUCGGGAUGGAUCCCGCCGAAGCCCUUCAAGACGCCAUUGAAACCUUAACCCUACAGGGUGUCGACCUCUCUGGUAUCAUCACAUGCAUUCCUGGAGUUAGCAGCGUGAAAGACAACCCUGUUUUCCAAUCUUUAGAUGCAUUGAAGGAGAUUAAUUCUAAGUAUAGGGAUGGAGACGAUGAGCCGUCGACCACAGGAUUCAGUGAAAAGGAUCUGGAUGACAUGGUGUCGUUACUGGAUAAACUAAGCGAGCUUUGUUCCAUUGAAGGAUCGGGAAAUGUGUCCAUCGCCACAAGGAAUGGAGGAGUAGAGCUGGUUUGUUCUAUAUGCUCUAAACUUCAAAAUGGACAUGGGCGGUCUCUUGUGUCUGCGUUAAAGACACUGACUUCGUUACUCCAUGAUUUUCAAAGUAGAGAAACAUUUCAAAAGAGUAGCGGACCUAAGAUCGUGGUGGAUAUCUUAAAUUCCAAUGUUCAAAAUAUCAGCAUUUUGAAUAAUGGUUUCUCCAUAGUUGCUGCAGCUGCAACUGGAAAUGAGAUCCUAAAAGAAUCAUUCAUGGACUUAAAAAUUGAGCAGCUUCUUAUCCAAAUUAUGAGGGCACAGAGUAAGGGAAACAUCCAAAGUUUAUAUGAUGCCAUACGCAUCCUCUUGACACCUGAUGACAACCGUGUUGUGGCUUCUCAAGUUUAUGGAUAUGCUCGAAAAUUUGCUGAAAUUGGAAUUCCAGGAGCUCUUGUAGAAGCACUUUCUGAAGGACUAAGUUCACCUAGUCUAGUUUCGGCAAGCAUUGCCCUGAAGGCUGUUGCUGUCAAUGAUGAAAUAUGUAGAUCAAUUGCUGAAAAUGACGGUAUUGAUGCAAUUCUCCAGUGCAUUGAUGACAGUGGUGAACAAAAUAACAAAACUGUUGCUAGAGCUUUUUGCUCUCUAUUGUCUAAGUUGGCAGGAAGUGAUGUUAAUAAAACUACCAUAGUCCAGAAAAGGGGAAUGGAUAGGUUAAUGAAGCUCUCUUGCAGAUUUCCUGAUGAUCCUUCUGUUUUGCAAGAGAUUAUGUCGGUCAUCUGCACACUUUCCUUGAGGUCUCCAGACAAUGCAGCUUCUGCCAUUGAAGCUGGGGCAGGAGAGCUUGCAAUCCAAGCCAUGCAAAAGUUUCCUGAAGCACAUCAGAUGCAGAAGCAAGCAUGUCUCAUGAUCCGCAAUCUUGUGGUUAGAAACCCAGAAAACAGAAAUGUAUUGCUCAGUAACGGGAUUGAGAAGAUCAUAAGGAAGGCCAAGGAAAAGCACGAGAGCUGCAAAGACGCUGCUACCGAUGCACUGAGGGAUUUGGGACUUGAUAACUAUAAUUCAUAGUGCCAUAUCUUUUUAUACUAUAUGUUUCAUGAUAUUAACAUUUUCACUCGUUAUCUUUGGCUGCUAGAGUGGUUUCAGUUUUUUCUCGGGAAAACAAUGUAUCAUGUUCAGUUUAAAUUUCAACAAAUGAUUUGUGUCAGUGUACAUCACUCGUA